AUGCAGAAGUCGAUUGACGCGUUCCUCGGCGCGCGUACGGACGCGCGCGUGGCAGAGGACGUGCGGUUCAAGGUACCGUUCCUGCCACUGACGGCGCCGGAGGUACCGACGCCGCUGUCGUUCCGUGCCGACGUGCCGCUGUACGAGCACCAGCGCCGGUCGCUGUACCGCAUGCAGCAGAUCGAAAGCCGCGACGAGCGCGUGGCCAAGUUUAACUUUGGGAUGCUCGACUACUACUCGAAAGGCGGGUGCCUGGCCGACGCCAUUGGCAUGGGCAAGACCGCGACGAUGCUGGCGCUGCUGGCAGACGAGCCGCGGGACUAUGCAGUCGGUGCGAACUUACUGGUCGCGCCGUCGCAUCUGCUCGCGCAGUGGAAACGUGAAGUCGACAAGUUUGUCAAACCCGGCGAGAUUGACGUUGUCCUGGGCCUGCAGCGGUACAUGCAGCUGGUGGAAAAUCCAGCAGCGCGCGCGGAUAUUUCCAAUCGCAUGCUCGUGCUCGUGGGCGUCGACGAAGCCGUCAAGUCGAGGAGCUACUACUAUCGGUAUGGGAAAGUGUACCCGUUGGAGAGCAGAGGCCGUGGGAAACCGCUGGUCGUGGCGCCCACUGUGCUGCAACAGUACGAGCAAGCAGCCAAGUUUGUGCACAAAGCGUACUGCGGACCGCUGUGGGUGACGUUACUACACCUGCCGCUGAAAUCUUGGCGACGGGUGAUCUUCGAAGAGGUGCAAGACUUGGUACUGCCUGGAAAAGAUGCGAGGGAUUGCUUUGUCCAACUCACGUAUCGGUGCUCGAACGUAUGGCUGAUAACUGCGACGCCGUUUCCCGGCAAAGCAGAGUCGAUGUAUGCGAACAAUCAGCUGCUGGGGUUCAAACGGCUGCGGCUGCUGCCGCAUGACCCUGCAUUUGAUGAAAUCAAACGGAAGCUGUAUCUCCGCAACUGCGCACAGGUAAAGCAGAAGGCAAUCACUGACAAAAUCGAGGUGGACGAGAUUUACAUCCCGGUCAAGCUUCAUCCCCAAGAGCUGUUGUUGUACAAGAUUGAACGAGUUCUGGCCGCGAAAAAGUCUGCAUACGACGUCUUUGCUCUCGGCGAUGUCGACGAUCAGACUGAUCGUAGAAAGAAGGGUGCUGCCGACACAGUGAUGCCAGAGCAGUCAUCCGUGAGCGGUACGGAUGCGCUGUCGGAGACGGUAUGGGCAGAGCAGUACCACUCAGCUCGACAAAGUUGCGUGCACGCCGGCAUUUCCGAUCGGGUGCUGGAACGGGAGCAUGGGGGUAAGCAAAGCAGCUCGAGUGCGACCCCGGCGUCGACGAUGGUCAAGACCAAGAGCCCGAGUGAGACGUUUCGCGACGAGAAGUAUCAUUUGAACCGGCAGUUGGCUGUGGCAACCAAACACAUGGAUGAAGUGGAUCUGAUGGAGGCUGCAACGCGCAACACAGUCGCGAUCUGCCGUGCAAUUUGCUCGAAUACGUAUGCCAAUGUGCUCCAGUGCUUCGAAGACUUGGAGGCGUCUGGUCUAAGCAAGUUCUUUAACGAAAGCGGAGAAACUACAGCCGGCUUCCGGAUGCUCUAUAAGCACUACCAGUUCGGCGACGACGUUCCGGAGCCAGCGGAGCUGCUUUUCUACCACCAAAGUGAGAUUGAAGAUUACAUACUGAAGCACUUCGACACGAUGGGCAAGGUCAGAAAACUGGCCAAGACCAUGGAGGUCACACUCAACGAGCGGUGUCCACGUGCCCGCGCUCUCGUCGAAGAGCAGCUGAAGCAGGUGACAGAGUGCGUCGCACUUAUUGAGUCGGAACAGGCUUGCAAACAUGACGAUAUCGAGAAAGUGCCAGUGUACGGUAGCAAGAUAUCGGCACUGGUGCAGUACUUGAGCCGACUGCCGACGAUCAAAGUCGUGGUCUUCACGAUGUGGGAUCGAGCAUUGCGAGUUGUCGACAAGGCGCUCCGUCUCGCCAACAUCACUAGCGCUGUGUUCUUGCAGCAUCAGUCAAGCGAGACAAAGUCUGCCCACGUCGCCUCUUUUCACAGCGGGGAUACCCAAGUCCUCAUCUUGAACUCAAUCACAAGUGCAUCUGGAAUCAAUCUGCAGGUGGCAUCGCAUGUCCUCUUCUUGGACCCGGUCGGAUACAGUCCCACGCAGGCCAGCACAUUGGAGCAGCAGGCGAUUGGCCGUGUGCUGCGAAUGGGCCAGACGAACGAUCUCGUGACUGUUGUCCGGUUCGUUGCGGAGGACACGAUCGAGGCCGCACUGUACGAUGAUAUCCACGAAGCAUCGACAAAGGCCGUAGCAGCUGACGAGUCAUUUUUUGACGGCGAACGGGAGGACGCGUACGUGUGUGCCGACUUUGCGGCACCGAUUCGCCGACUCGUGCGCAUGAGUGCCGCUCCAACUGAAGACGGCGCUCAGGCAGUCGACGAGGAGAUUGAGCUCGAGGGGUCCAUGUCAAUCGAGGAAGCCAUCACUCAUCGAAUACAGCAGGCCAUCGCAGAAGGCGAAGUGUUUGACCUGACGGAAGACGCACCGGCAACGCUGGAGCAGCAGCUGGCAGCUGCUCGGGCUAGUGAUGUCACACCGCAGAGAAAAAAGCGUCGAACUCGUGGACGAGCUGCCACUUCGAGCACGAUCGACGCAGUAGGUGUUGUUAGGGAAGUUGUAGUCAAGAGUGAAACGUAA